AUGUCUUCAUUGAAACAGCAGUUGAAGAAGAUUGGUACCCUCGACCUGCGCAAUGUGAGCGAGGCAUCCAGAAAGACCAAGGCUUCCUUUCUCUUCAGUGCUCGUGAAGCCGCAGAUCAAGAUUUGGAGACCAUCUACUCCAUUGCCUACAAUGGUAUCAUGGAGCUUGUGAUCCUCGAUGAAAAGUUCUCUGCUUUCGAAAAGACUCUCUUCUCUGAAGGCAUGAAGUCUGUGGAUAGAAUCCUUCAGACCAAAGAAGAGAACGAGAAACUCGACACUAGCAUCAACGCUUUCCUCUCUCAACUUUCACCUUAUUUCUUAUUGAAACCCUCUGGAAAGGUAUUGGAAUACCUCAUCCGUCGUUUCCGUAUCCAAGAUUUCAAUGUAGAAUCCAUCCUCAAAUGCAUUCUGCCUUACCACGAAACCAAGUCAUUUGUCAAGAUGAUCUCUAUCCUCAACAUUGGUGAGAAGUCGCCCUGGGAGUUCUUGAAGCCCAUCAAGAAGAGCAUGCUUCCUCUUGAAAGAUCUCUUUUGGUUAAAAAGAUGAUGAAGGACAGAUACGUAUUCGACUUUAUCUGCAAAAUGGUGACUCAAUCUCUGGUGCCUUAUCAAACACUCUACUCGUUCUACACAGCACUCUUAACAGAUUUCAUCAAAUUUGCGCCCUCGGUUACUGCGGACAUGACCAUCGCCCUCAUGCCUCAUUUGAUCGACGGCUUGAAGGCCAAAAAGUUGCCUGAAUUGCAAUUAGCUACCUACAUGAUUGUCUCUCAACUGUCCUCUAAAGCCACUUUUAGCAAGGAAGGUGUAGAAGCACUUGCUGACACCAUGCUGAGAAACUACAAGAAGUCAUGCUAUGCCUACUGCUUGCUCACAGUCGUUCAUCUCUGUCAAACACAAGAAAGCUUUGAAUCCGUCUCUAAGAACGCACUCAACAGCAUGUUUAACAACACUCGUUUUGAGCAGACCCUAUUGGAAAUCACUGACAAGUACGCUACAGAUCGUUUUUUUGCUUGUUUCUUGAAGGAUAUCAGUCAUCAAGUAAACUGCAUCAAGUUGCUGGAAAGUUUGGUGCUGCAGGGCUAUCUCUCCAGCGAGAAUAUCUCUCGUUUGUGUCAGUCUAUUGUGGAUAGCUAUGUUGCUUUGGCUGGUGGUAAUCAGGAGAAGAAGCAGGAGUUUGUCUCUCAGUACCAAUCUCUUUUGGCCAUGAUCUCUCAACGCUAUGUGGAAGAAUUGGAUGUGGUUUUGGAAUCCCAGUUAGCUGUGACAAAGGACAGUAAUGCUGCCAUCAACAAGGAGCUCUAUGAAUUCACCUCUUCUGCUUUCAAGGGUACUUUGCACGAAGUUGUUCAAGAAGCCAACACGACUCUUUACCUUUGUUUGAACAGCCCUGCAGUCAAUAACCGCCUUUUGGCUUUAAAGAAGUUGGUGUCCAUCAUUGAUGACAAGUCGAAUCCCUUGACUCAAACUCCCGACAUCUUUGAGUCCUCCUUGGCUGCCUGUUUGGACAAAUUCAACGCACUCUUUACGUACGCGAUUGAAGAAGUCCCUAACCACUUGCUCAACUAUGUCUCUGCUGACAAGAUCUUGGCUUCCAUGGUCCGUCUUUUGGAAGAGCGUGGUGCAUUCAAUUCCAAGGAUGCUGUCUCUGUUCUCAAAUUCUUGCUGUCCGAUUUCAUCAAAAAGCAUCCCGAGCAAGACUUCCAGGUCGCUCGCAUCCUGUCUGUCUUUAUCUUUUCUGCCUCCAGCAAUAACCUCACUAACCUAUUGAAGCGCAUGGGAUCCACUCAUUUGAAGCAAAGCCCUGUCUUGGCGGCCAUGAUUGACCAUCUCAAGGCCGCUGUUAAGGCUGAAGAUACCUUCCAGGUGCCUACCAAGUUUAUCAAAUUGCAAGCUGAUCUGAUCAAGCAAAACAAGAAGCCCGAGUAUGCUUCUUUCUGGAUUGAGAUGGUGCAAAGUAAGUCAAAGGGUGAGAGUAUUCUCGGUAUGCUGGUGAUCGCUUUGGCAGUUUCUCUUGUCACCAAGGAACAGGAGCAAUAUGCCUUGGGGUUGAAUGCUCUGAAUGCCGUCUUGGUUGCUGUUCAUAGCAAGUUGGAUCUAUUCUAUUCCACUAAAUUGAAGAGCGGCUUCCUCGAUGAGAGCUCUGCUGCUGCGGGUUUGCCCUCCAAGGAAGUCAUCAAGCAGCUAAGAAACGUGGAAGAUGUGCCUGCUGCUUCCUAUGUUCAAUUGGCCCAAUUCGUUUUGAUCACCUUGACCCACUCUAUCCAUCGUCCUGAGACACCCAUUGACUGGUAUCGAAGCAACACUGCCAAUGCUACUUAUAUUGAUUUAGUCAGCAAACUCUUCAAGACCUUUGUCAGCGGAUCCUCCAUCGUUGCUUUUGAAAAGACCAUCCCUCAACUCAUUCAGGCUCAAUUCAAUGACGAUUUGCUUCGUUUCAUUACCAGUGUGUGGUCCAACAGUGACAAUACUUACAUUGUCCGUGCGCGUGCUCUGCAAAUUACAUCUGCCUAUCUUGGCCACUACAUUGAAUCCAAGAACGUCAAGGUCGAUUUCCAACAUUUGGUGCCUGCUCUCUUCCCUACGUUGGGUGAUGCUCAUCAGUCUGUGCGUGUUCAAGGUCUCGCCUGUCUGCAGAACAUUCGUUCCAUCUAUAUGUCUCAAGGUCUGCCCAGCGGCCACAAGGUGUAUGACACCAAGAUUCUCACCGAGACGGUGCAAAAGGUCAAGGCUGCUACCAGUUUGACCAUCCUCCCCGACAGCACCUUUUACGAUGAAGCUGCUUCCGUAACGCCCAUGAAAUCAAACGAGGCUGCUCAUCUGGUCGACUUUUUAUGGUACAGACACGACGAAAUCAGCAAAGAUCGCAGCUACAUUACUCGCUUGUUCAAAGAGUACCUCGAGUUGUGUGAGCAAUCCAAAGAAAAGCAACACAAGGCUCGCAAGGUUCACACACUCACCUUCUUGCUCAAUCACGCAAAGGAUGCGCCUACACUGGAACUCAAGAUCAGCAUGCUCUCCAUGCUGGAUUCCAUCGACAGCCCUCUCAAGUUGCAACUAUUAGCCCCUCUCUUGGAAGAGGCCUUGAACGAGAAACGCACCAAGAAGUCUACUGCUUUGGUGUCUUAUCUUAUUCGCACCUACUUGCCUUGUAAUGCCGCUAACUUGGGUGCUAAGGGCGAUAAAACCUUACCUCUCUUCCUCCGUUUGCUUGCCAACAAGGACACGCUUCAAGGAUCUGAUGAAGAUGGCUGGCAAGUGUCUACCCGUCAUUUCGCUCUGGAGCAAAUUACCGCCGACUUCUUUGCUCAAGCCAAUGCUGCUGCUCAACAAGCUAUCUUUACUUCAUUGAUUGAUAUUGCUACCAAUGGCGUUCAAAACGAAGUACGUGCCUCCAAGUUGGUACUGUCCAAGAUUGACAUUGACGCCAAGAUGUUUGAUGAUGUGCUCUUAUCUGCUGCCAGAAACCUCAUGGGUGCUCCUACUCCCACCAGCAAUGGCGGUGUUCCUGCUGCCAAGCGUGGCCGUGCUAUUGUUGAGGUGCAACACAGUGCUGAUGUCGACCUCUAUGAGCUGGUCACUGUGCUCGAGCUGAUCGAGUCCAAGACCAUCACCAAGGACUACAUCCUCGUCAAGUCUCUGUUUGAGGUCUUGACAGCCAUGGUAAAUGCUGAUCUCCGUGAUGCCCCUGUUUCUCUCGAGUACAUCAACCAACUGCUCAUGUCUGCUCUCACUCGCAUCAUUCACAAUGCUGAGGAGAACGGUACCGUCGUUGAGGAAUCCGCUCUCCGUGUGGAUAUUGUGGUGCAAUGCAUCCGUAUCACUGGUAACCCACAAACCCACAACCAAGCGCUCUUGCUGAUGGCCACCAUUGCCUCCAUGUUCCCAGAGACCGUCUUGCACAAUAUCAUGCCUGUCUUUACUUUCAUGGGUGCUAAUGUACUUCGUCAAGACGACAACUACAGUUUCCAAGUCAUCCAACAAACACUGGAAAAGAUUUUGCCCCCUCUUGUUGUCUCCAGCAGAAAGUCCAACAACGAUGAUGAAGCUGCUCUUGUGCUCGAAGUCAAGCCUAUCAUUAAGGUGUUUGUGGACGCCCUCUUCCACAUUCCCAAGCACAGACGUUUGCGUCUCUUCACUGUCCUCAUUCAUACGUUGGGUGAAGACGAGUUCCUGUACGCCAUUAUCUCUUUGUUGUUGGAGAAGUUUACCGAAAGACUGGCCAAGGGUGCUCGUUCUGAAGCCGAGUCCUUGACAGAAUUCAGUUUGGUCAUCAGUCAGCACUUUGGUCCUGAACAGCAAAUGAAGGCCAUUCUGGCUCUCUUGAACGGUCUCCUGGUGUUGCCCAACGAAAAGCCCGAGGAUGUCACUAUGAGUAAUGAGAAGGAUGCUCACUUGUUCAACGUCUCUGAACACAGUGCCAAGCAGCUGCGUCAAUACAAGCUUGCCACACUCAACUUUGUCGGCCAGUUGUUGUCUUCCAAGGGUUUCUUGAACAAGGUCAUGACUCAAGGCAAUGCCUCUGACGUCUUUACUCAACGCAUGCAACCCUACUACCUCCAAGCUGUGGAGAUCAUCCUCAAGAUUGUCACCUACUUUACCGAGUUCCGUGAUACCUACUCUGUUUCCAAGAACGCGGUGCCUGGUAUUGCCAAGUUCUGGAGAGCCAUCUUGAAGGUGGUCUAUGAUGUCUUGGACAAGGUCAAUGCUCUCUUGCCCUUGGACGCAUUCGUCAAUGUGAUUUCAGAACUGAUCCAACACAAUGACUCUGCUAUUCGUCGCAAGGCCAUGAACAUCUUUAACGAAAAGAUUGUUUCUUUCGAUGGCCAUGCUCCCGAAGGCUCUGAGGAUAUUUUGGUCAAGAUGAUCAACAACUUGGCUCAAGUCAUUCAGAAGGAGUCUGCCAGUCUAUCCAGCGAAGAAGACAGCGCUGUCAACAAGCAAUCUGCUUUGCUGUGUAUUGCUUCUCUCGCCAAGAUCCUCGGUAACCUCUAUCCUGGCCAAUUUGCUGAGGCUAUUCCUGUCAUCAUUGGUGCUGACAGUCUUCAGUCUGGCAAUGCUCAGUUGCAAAUCUCUAGUUUGGUCUGUCUCACUGUCAUCUGUCAAGAGAUUGGUCCUCGUGCUGUGCCUCAUCUCCCCAAGUUUAUGCCUCUCAUCACUAAUAUCUUGGACAACACCGUCAAUGCUGAAUCUCCCAAUAUGCUUUUGCAAUUGGGUGUUGUCAGUGCACUUGAAACCAUUGUCAGCGUCUUGCCUCACUUUGUCAGUCCUUACAUCACCAAGAUGUUGAAGGGUCUCUUGAACCCCUCCAUCUAUACCUACGAUGCUGCUCACUCUCAAAAGGCAUUGAUCGAAGCCAAGACGACUGCCGUCUUGUCUCAAUUGGCUACCAGCGUUGCACCUCGUGUUCUCUUGACGCCCGUUUUUGCCUUCUUUGACACUGCCAUCCAAAAUGGCACCAAAUCCGUCUUGGCUCUCUGCUCUGUCGUCUCUCAAGCCAUCCGUAGCAUGACGCGCGAUGUCAUGACUUCUCAUUACAAGCAGCUCUUCAAGUUCUUCUUGAUUGCUUUCGAUAUUCGUCGUACGCACAGCAAGGAUUUUGAUGAAUCUGAUAUCAAUGCCAUUGAAGACGCCAUUGUCGGUGCUUUUCUGGAUCUGGUCAUGAAGCUGAAUGAAACCUUGUUCAAGCCCUUGUUCCUCAAGGUGGUGGAUUGGGCUACCAUUGAGUUGGCUACUGACGGCGCAGUUGUGUCUGAGGAUGGCCUCAAGCGUGUCCUGUUCUUUUACAAGUUGGCAGACUCACUCUUGGAUAAGCUCAAGUCUAUCUUUACACCUUACUUUGGCUACUUGAUCGACGAUGUGAUUAUGCGCCUAGAACGCUACAAGGAAGAGCAACAGCCUAUCGACGCUCUCUGGAACUACAUCAUGUCAGCUCUCCGCAAAUCGUUCUUGUACGAUAACGACAAUCUUUGGAAUGCCACUAAGUUUGAAAAGAUUGUGGAUCCUGUUACCGAUCAAAUGUUGGUCACCAGCAAGGGCACCAGCUCUGAUUACCUCACUCGCAUGAACACUUACCUUGUGCCCUGUGUGGGUCAAAUGGCUGUCACUGUGUCUAACGAUACUCUCUGGAAGCCUCUUAACCACAAGGUGCUGUUGAAGACAAGAGAGGAUGAUCCUGAGAUCAGAUUGGCUGCAUUGAAGUGUAUUGAAGAAUUCUACAUUCGUCUUGGUGAAGAAUGGCUGCUCUUCUUGGCUGAAAGUAUCUCCUUCCUUGCUGAACUCAUGGAAGACGAUGAUGUCCGUGUCGAAAAGCUGGUUCAGCAAGUUAAUGCUCAAAUCGAGACUCAUUUGGGUGAAAGUUUAGACAAGUUCUUCAACUAG